UCCGGAUUCCAAAACAUUUGAUGUAACGUUGAUGAUCUGUUUGAUCAGAAACUUGACAUCUAUCAAUCCUCCAAUCAAUGGAUUUGACAGUCUACCACUACCAGGGGAGAUAACUCCAGGAUCUGAUCUAGCCAGGAUAAAAUGUUACAGGAAUAAACUAGCUCAUCAUGAUGGUAAUACAAUGGACACUACUUAUUUCAAUACAGCAUGGGAAGAUAUAUCAGAUGCUGUAGGUCGAUUGGGAGGUCAAACAAUGUAUCAAGAGUGUCAAGGGUUAAAGGUGAAAAUCUUGGACCAGUCUAAUCAGGAAAUUAUGUUGGAAAUCAAACAAUCACUGGAAGAGUUGAAAGAACUGAAACUAACAAUGGAAAUUUUGAAAGACCCAAUACCAUGGCACAUCAAAGAGCUGUUAAAAAAACAAAUAGAAGACUGGGAAAAGAAAGAUAAGAUGUUCGUGUCUACAAGAGCUUGUGAUUAUGUCAUGGAACAGUUACAGGACAACAGUUGUUUGACAUUAACCGCCCCAUCAGGAGUUGGAAAAUCAUUUAUUGCAAGACACACAGCACUUCUUUUAAAGAAGGAAGGGUACAAUAUAAUACCAGUGUUCUCACCAACAGACAUUAGAGAUUAUUAUCAGCCUGAUAAACAGACCGUCUUCAUUGUAGAUGAUAUUUGUGGAAAUUUCACUGCCAACCAACAACAGAUUGAUAACUGGAAACAACUGUUACCUGUGAUUAAAACAAUAAUGGCAGACAAAUGUUGUAAGAUUAUUGUAUCUUGUAGAUUACAAGUCUAUAAAGAUGAAAAGUUUAACAUAUUAUCACCUUUUAAAUCUUGUGAAUGUAAUUUAAUAUCAGAUAAGUUAUGUCUUACAUCUGUAGAGAAAACAAAUAUAGCAAAAAUUUAUAUUGGCACAAGCAUGACAGACAUUGAUGAUUCAUCUUCUAAAUGUGAUUUUUUCCCACUCUUAUGUUCCUUAUAUCAUGAAAAAGAAGAUGUAGAUGUCAAAGAGUUUUUCAAAAAUCCUUUUAAUGUCUAUAAACGUGAGCUAGACAGGUUAAGUGAGCAUGGUGAUGAAGGGAACUAUAAAAUAUGUAGUCUUGCUUUAUGUGUUCUCUUUAAUAAUCAGCUGAAAGAGAAAUGGUUCCAGGGUAAAGUUACAAAUGAACAACAAAAUAUUAUAGAAGACACAUGUGAGGCUUGUAAAUUGAACCGAGGUACAUCGAAAGCAAAACUUAAAGAGGCUAUUGACACUCUAGAUGGUACAUUUAUAUGUAAACAUAAUGAUAUUUAUAGAACUCUACAUGAUAAACUGUUUGACUUUCUUGCUCAUUACUUUGGUCAGAAAAUGAUUGAAUGUUUAAUAGACCAUGGUGAUAGUGAUUUAGUACAUGAACGUUUUAUCUGGCAGGAAUCAUCAGAUGACAAGAACAGUAACAUAGACUUCAUUAUUAAAAUACCAGAUGAUUGUUUAGAAUCAUAUUUACAAAGGUUUAGAAAGGACUGGUCAGUAGGAAAGGUGUCAGCUUUAUUCAGAAACAAUAAUAUAAAAGUAUCAUCAUUCAGACAAAAGUUAUUACAGUACUUACUACAACUAGAUAAACCACAACAAGUAAUAUUAGCCAGUACCAAGGAUACAGUGCUACCAAAGGAGAAUUCUGGAUCAGGUAAUACUCCACUGAUACUUACUUGUUUUCGUGGUUAUACAGAUAUGGUACAGUGGAUGUUACAUAAUAAUGUGGAUGUGGAUCAGUGUAGAGAUGAUGGGGUUACUGGACUACGCAUGGUAAGUGAUAAAGGACAUACUGAUAUAGUAAAGUUACUGUUAGAGAGGAAUCCUAAUGUUAAUCUAUGUGACAAGAAUGGCUAUAGUCCUCUGUACAUGGCAAGUUGUAAAGGACAUACUGAUAUAGUAAAGUUACUGUUAGAGAAGAAUCCUAAUGUUAAUCUAUGUGACAAGAAUGGCUGUAGUCCUCUGUUAUGUGCAAGUAGUAAUGGACAUACUGAAAUAGUAAAGUUACUUUUGGAGAAGAAUCCCAAUGUUGAUCUAUGUGCCAAAGAAGGUUUUACACCACUGAUCAUUUCAUGUAGUAGUAACCACACCAGUAUAGUCCAGCUAUUAAUGAAACAUAAACCAGACAUCAAAGCCCAGACGGAUGAUGGAGGUAAUGCUUUAUAUUUCAGUGCACUGAACGGAAACCUAGAGAUAACACGGUUAUUGUUAGAGAACAAUGCUGACAGUAAUAUAUGUAUGCAUAGUAAACAGUCUAUAGCAGAGACAUAUAAUAACCGUCUGGAUUACACCUUAGAUAAAGAAAGACAGGAAUGGUUUGACUUUCUCUUAGAAAAGGCUUCAUCAAAUAUUAGAGAUUACAUCAGUGAUAUGUCAGUAGGUUAUGGGUUUAAUGUAGUAGUUAGUUCUUCUCCAUUACAUAUAGCCUGUUUUAUGGGUAGGACAGAUGUAGUCCAUUGUCUUCUCAAAUACCAUGUUAACAUCAAUAUGACAAAAGAAGAUGGAACAACUCCAUUAUUUUAUGCAUGUGAAGUAGGACAUGAAGAUAUUGUACAUUUAUUGUUAGAUAAAGGGGCAGAUACAAAGAUAUAUAGACUAGAUGGAAAAUCCCCGUUAAACAUCGCAACAGAUAAUGGACAUACAUCUAUAGUAAUGAUGUUACAAAUCGCACAAAGAAAGAAGAAAGUUCAACUUUCUUCUUAAGUCUUGUUCUUUAGUCAGUGGUUUUUCAUGAAAUAUAAAAAAAGAUAUGCAAGGAAUGUGGAUUUUUUUUUUAUUCAACUCUUGUUCUGUAGUCAGUGGUUUGUAAUGACAUGUAAAAAUCAUGCAGCAGAUGAGAAAAAAACCUUUCUUUUUUAUUUUCUUGUUGUUAGGUGUUAGUUUAUGUUUGGUAUUUACUGCAAUUCAUCCCAUCAUAUUCUCUCUAUUUCUACACAUGCAGUUAAGCUUCACAUUACAUGAAUAUAUAUCUUAAUUGUAUCACAAGGAAUAGAAGAAACAUUUUAAAGUAGGAAAUACUUUUGCACUCUUGUUUCAAAUUAUUUUAUCCUGGAAGUAAUGAAAGUAAUACGACUGAAUGCUGUGUAUAACCACCCUGCUUAAAAAAAAAGUAUGAAACUUACUUGCCUUGCCAGUUUUUUUACUAUUUUGUAGUAACCUCAUAAAGUUUUAACAUGGCAGCUAACUCCAUUUUAAGUCAAUAUUUUAUAUCCGUUUUCAAAAUUGCUGGGGCUGUUUCAAAAAAAUCUUACUGCAAGAAUUGUUUGUAAGUUAUUUACUGAAAUGUUCUUGACUGAAGAGUAUUUUUUUCUCUUUCGAAUUUUUGUGAUAUUUGUCCUAAUUUUUAACAUUGCAGAGAAAUGCAUCUGUAGAAAAAAAGUUUGAAUAUGACAGCUUCUGUUGCAGUAAAAUAUGUACCAUUACUAUGACAGGUUUAGAUAAAUUCCCCUGGUAAAGAAAUGUUCAACAUCACAGUUUUACUGUCUAGAGUGCCAUGUAAGCAAUGCAGACUCAAGUUUAUUAUAGUUAAUUAACUCCUUGUAAGUUACAGCAAAAUCAAUCUAUAUACUGUGAUUAGUCUCAAGUAAUAGAAUUAAGAAUUUCCAGUAACAAUUAUUUUUACCAUUUAUUACUGUUUGAAUUAUAUAUUGUAAUAUAGAAAUAUAUUUUGAUGAUAUAAAAAUAAUCAUAAUAAAAUCAUU